AUGGCUGCGCCCUCGCGGCCCAGCACCUGGGCCGCCAUGCAGCGGCGCAUCGCGCGGAGAGCCGGGCAGGUCUCAUCCUUUCAAGAACGACCUCGACUCCUAGCCGCGGCGGAAGACCCUGAGGUCUGGGAGGAGGUCCUGCAAAGCUGGCCCGACGUGGCGCAGAAGCUGCGGCCGGCCUCGCGCUGCGAAGUGGAGUGUAGCGAUGUGCCCAGCCUGGAGGAGCUGCUGCCGUGGAUUCGGGAGGCCUUAGGCAGCAACUUUGUGGCGGAGAACUUCCAUCAGCUGAUGCCGGUUGCCAAGGUGAAGCAGGUUCCCAGAGACGUGAGGCCUAUCGGAACGAAGACACCACCACGCCUGCAGUUGACCGGCCCAAAAAGCCUUCGGCAAAAUCUGGAUAAGUUGAUGGCAUCCCUCCAGGGUGGCCAAGACCAUCGCAAUGGCGAUUUAGCGGGCAUCGACCGGCAGCCCAGGACUUUGGCGAGGCAGCACUAUGACCUCAACGGGGACCCAACGGUGGCCGCUGAUGAGUUUACUCUGGCCACGCGCAAAGCUGAGAGGCGACUGCAUGGGCGGAAGCUCGCGCAAUCCGAGAGGGCUGGUGAGUACCUCGCAGAGUUGCAGUCACCUCGGAGGAAACACUACCUUCGGGAAGCUUCCGAGGCGGAGGAGGUUAGAAGUCAUCUGCUGGAACGGUUGGACUACCUACACACCUGCCGUGGGAGCAUGGGUGAAAGCCUCUAUGCACGACAGCGUCAGCGUCGGGAGCUCUGGGUUGAACUCAAGAGAAAUCCCCAGAGAAGCUGUGGAUUAGGCGUCAAAAAAAGGUCUCGAGAUGCAAGCCCAUUUGCGGACUGCGCAGAAGUACAGCUUGCAGGAUGUGCACCGACGUGGCACCAUGGCACCAUGGAUUAA